AUGGCGCUGGACGGAUCCAGCACUUACGUGGCUCCGAAUAACCUCACGGAGCCUUCGGAGUCCCUACCGAUCUUUGACGUACAACGGGUGCAGCUCCAAUUUCCCAUCGCAGCGGAUUUUGUAGCUGCCCAGGUCGCAAACAAUGUUCUCAUUCUAGCGCUUUCGACGGGGCGAAUCCUGCGCAUUGAUCUGGAUUCCCCGGAGGACAUUGAUGAUAUCGACCUUCCAAAGAAGUCGUCAGAGAUUGGCUUGAUUCAGCGCAUGUUCCUGGACCCCUCGGCGUCUCAUCUGAUUAUCACCACUACACUGGGCGAAAAUUACUACCUUCACACGCAAUCUCGCCAGCCAAAGGCUCUAUCUCGUCUCAAGGGUGUGUCCAUUGAAAGCAUCGCCUGGAACCCGUCUCUUCCGACAGCCUCGACUCGCGAGAUCCUUCUGGGUGCGACCGAUGGCAACGUAUACGAGACAUUUAUAGAACCCUCGACCGAAUUCUACCGUCGCGAAGAGAAGUACGUCACCGUGGUGUACAAAGUGCCAGAUGGCUCGCCCGUGACGGGCAUCAGUGCUGAACCCAUACCGUCACGGCCGGACUCAAGACAAGUCUUGGUAGCGACGAACCGAAAGCUCAUACACUUCUCGGGCCGGGUAUCAGCUACCACAAAACAUGGGAGAGAUGGCGGCGGUUCUAUCUACGCAGAUCUCUUUCAGCGCGAGACUGCUCUAAUUCACGAAAGCGCGACCCCCUCCGGCUCCGCUCCCUCGGCAUUGACGGUGAACUCAUCCUCGAUUGUGGGAAGCCAUCAAAGUGACGGCCAGGCUGAAAAGGAAUUCGCAUGGUUAAGCGCGGAGGGAAUCUAUCAUGGUCCGCUCUCACCUGGUAACCCAUUUGACAACGCAAAACUGCUGCCUCGAUCCAAAUAUCCCGCAAGCCUUUCCGCACGAGGAGGAAAGAAGUUGAUACAAGACCCCAUCUCAGCAAUGACGCUGACUCAUUGGCAUGUUCUGGCCCUUGUCGAAGGUCGGGUAGUCGCGGUCAACCGACUGAACGAGGAGAUUGUGUAUGACCAGGCUGUGCUAGAACCUCGACAAAGUUCCUUGGGACUGUUGACUGAUCUCACGCAAAAUACCUACUGGCUUUUUACCAGCAAAGAAAUUUUCGAGGUCGUGGCCAACGAGGAAGAUCGAGAUGUUUGGAAGGUCCUUCUCAAAGACCGUAAAUUUGAUGAAGCACUCCAAUAUGCCCAUCGGCCUGCUCAGCGUGACGCUGUCCUGAAGGCGUCCGGUGAUUUCCUGGCAGCACAAGGCAACUUUCUUGAGGCUGCAAAGGUGUGGGGAAAGAGCAGCAAAGGGUUUGAAGAGGUCUGCCUGACCAUGGUCGAUAACAAGGAGUACGAUGCCCUUCGUAAAUAUCUACUAUCGCAGCUUUCGACCUACAAAAAAGCGUCUGUCAUGCAGCGGCUCAUGGUUGCGAGCUGGCUGGUUGAGCUCUUCAUGUCCAAACUGAAUGCCCUGGACGACAGUAUUGCAACCAAGGCGGAGCUGACCGAGGGGGCAACCGAGGGCCAGGUCCAAGACCAGCUGGGUGAAAUGCGGGCUGAAUUCCAAGACUUUGUGACGCGGCACAAGUCGGAUCUGGACAAGAAAACUGUCUACGAUAUCAUUAGCAGCCAUGGCCGAGAGCAAGAGCUACUCUUUUUCGCGACCACUAUCAACGAUCACAACUACGUUCUGUCCUACUGGAUCCAACGGGAGAAGUGGACGGAAGCCUUGAAUGUCCUCCAACGCCAAAGCGAGCCUGACGUCUUUUAUAAGUACAGCAGCGUGCUGAUGACCCAUGCUGCUACGGGUCUGGUGGAAAUUCUGAUGCGACAAACAAACCUCGAUCCUGAACGGUUGAUUCCAGCAAUGUUGAAUUACAACAAGACUGCCAACGUCUCACUCAGCCAAAACCAGGCUGUCCGAUAUCUGAACUUUAUUAUUGUCAAUCAUCCGAACCCCUCGGCCGCCGUGCAUAAUACUUUGAUCUCCAUCCAUGCCUCCAGUCCAUCAACAUCGGAAUCAGGGCUGCUCAGCUACUUGCAGUCGCAGUCAUCGACGCCUCUCCAAUACGACGCCGACUUUGCGCUUCGGCUGUGUAUCCAGCACAAGCGCGUUCAGUCAUGUAUUCACAUCUACAGUGCCAUGGGCCAGUACCUGCAGGCAGUUGAGCUGGCCCUGGAAAAUAACGACAUUGAGCUCGCCGCGAUCGUCGCCGACCGGCCCGAGGGAAAUGACAAGCUUCGAAAGAAGCUGUGGCUGCUGGUCGCGGAGAAGAAGAUUCAACAGCCUGGAACUGGCAUCAAAGACGCAAUUGAAUUCCUUCGGCGUUGUGAACUUCUCCACAUUGAGGAUUUGAUCCCUUUCUUCCCCGACUUUGUCGUGAUUGACGAUUUCAAAGACGAGAUUUGCACUGCGCUGGAGAUGUACUCGCGUCACAUUGAUGAGCUGCGCCAGGAGAUGGACAACUCGGCUCAGACUGCCCGUCAGAUCCGCUCCGAGAUUGCCAACCUGGACACGCGGUAUGCGAUUGUGGAACCUGGUGAGAAGUGCUGGAUCUGCUCGCUGCCUCUCCUGAGCCGGCAAUUCUUCGUGUUCCCCUGUCAACAUGCUUUCCACAGUGACUGUCUCGGGAAAGAAGUCUUGGAGGGGGCUGGCGGAAAGAAGAAGUAUAUUCGGGACCUUCAGGCCCAGAUGAGCAUAGGGGACAUCUCUCCAGUCCGGAGGGAGGAGAUUGUCAAGGAAUUGGACGGGCUGGUCGCGGAAGCCUGUAUUCUCUGCGGGGACCAUGCUAUCAAACAGAUUGACAAACCCUUCAUUGCCCCCUCGGAGACCACGGAUGAAUGGGCCUUAUAG